AAAAAAGAGUCAAAAGUCUUUGUUCCUUAUUUCUUUCAUCGCCAUUUCCACCUUCUGUUUUUGCUCUCAAAACAAAUGGGUUCCAUCAACAGCAGGUUUGAGUCAACAGGCAGGUCGCGCCUCAGGCGUAGACUCCUUUCUUAUUUGUUUUGUGGUGCUUCUUCUGCUUCUCACGCUCCUAUCGUGAUGGGAGAUCACCCAGAUGAAUCAUCCACCGCAUCUCUUCAUAACUUGGCUUUGUCUCCUGAUGUAUCGAUUAGCUCAAACCAGCUGUCAUCAUCAGCCUUUGACUUGGGGACCAGAUCAAGUAGUUCCACUGCUGAAACCGGAGCCUCUUCUGGUAGCAUUAUUGAGGAUGCUUCCAUAAGACACAGUUUUAGUAAUCAAUCUGGGAAUUAUGACUUGCAUUCUCAGCAUGCCAAUGCUAUUGACAGUAUCACGGAAGCUCGUGUGACAGGCGCUCCCAUAAAAGAUCAGCCACCCGCAGACUCACUCUCCACUGAUGCGCUACAUACAAGCUUUGUGGAUCAGGAACCCGGGAAUCUGCAUUUACUUGGAGAGACUGUAGGGCAGGCAAGUGCGGACGGCUAUAUAGAUGAUCCUGGUUCUAAUGUCUCUGAUUCCCUCAUAGCCUCUCAAUCACUUACAAGAUUUCUCUUAUCUGUUGGGGAACAAGGUCCAAUAGGCAUGGGCCUCCUUUUGGUUGACGUGGUGAGUAUACAUUCCAACAUUUUGUCAGAAAUUAGUAACCGUGAGGCUAGAAGGAAUUCUAGAAGGACGUUUUGGGAUGCUUUCUCAAGAAAUAGUUUUAGGUGGAAUAGUGAUUCCCCGACCAUUGUUUUUACAACUAGUCAUGCUGAUGAUCUAGCAUCUCAUGGCAGAUGGCUCCUUGAUAAUAGCGGUGAUCUUCAUUAUGAUGGUGCUACUUAUGAGUCCAGAUACUCUAGCAUUAGGAGCACCCGCAGAAGUGGACGUAGAUGGCAAUCCAGAUAUGAGAUGUCAGAAAGAUUUCACGAUGUCAAUGAUGAGCAAGGUUGGCAAAGUUCUCUAUGCACAAUUGGGCUUCAUCCCCGUGGCACAUGUUCAUGCGAACCCUCGUACACUGCUGAGGAAUCCAGUACCCAUGAAAAUAUUUCACAAAUAGUCAUGCUUUCAGAUUCACUUUUUGAGGUGCUUGAGGAAAUUCAUCGCCAUCGCAUGUCUCUUUCACCGUCUACAGUUAUACUUCCUGCUCCUGAAGCUGUUGUAAAUUCAUUUCCUCUCAAGAAUCAUAAGAAGUCAUGUGGUACUGAGAUUGCAGUAUGUGAUGCACAACAGUGUCACAUUUGCCUGGUCGACUAUGAGGAAGGGGAUGAAAUUAGAGUCCUUCCAUGUUCUCAUGAAUAUCAUGUGUCCUGUGUUGAUAAAUGGCUUAAAGAAAUACACGGCCAAGUAUCUGAGAAUUUUAGGGAUUUAUGUUUGAUCCCAAAGUUGCCAGCCUUGCGAAUCUUUUAAGCGCCCUGUAUGUCCUUGAUGGCUAUCUCAAGAUUCUUCAUUGGUCUGGUUAUGGCUUUAGUCAAAUGUUGUGAGUUGAUGUCGGACUUAUCUCAUGGGCAUUCUUAAGGUUGCUUAGUUUGGUUCUGGCCUUGGUUCCACCUUGUAUGGAAUUCUGGGUGAUGAGGUGUGAUCUGGAUCCUCCAUUAAUUGGUUGGUUUGUGUUCUGUGUAAAUGCUAUGGCCGGGAAUAAGUGAGGUAGGCUUAUGAAGCUUUACAAACAAGCUUUUGUUCGAAAGAAGGAAUGAUGUUUUCGUCAUUUUGUGUGAAAGGCUGCAUGAACAUUGAGUUUGAUGUUGGGCGAAAUAUUUUGGAACAUGCGAUGCCCUGCCGGAUGCAUUGACCAGAUUGGGAUCUUACACGUGUCACAAACAGUAUGCAGGCAAACUAAUUCCUUGUAUUGUAUGUAUAUUGCAAAGGGUCGUUACUCCCUGAGAGCAUUUUACUUGGAAAUGAAAAGCUAAAGCUUGUUGCUUGAAGACAUGGGAUCUAUCUGAGAUUGCUCCUGAGGCAAAGCAAGAGACGCAGUAAAUAGCUGCGGUCCCUUAAAACUUGUCGGUUGUUUACUGUGUGCUCAACCUCAUCCAAGUUUUGUGGUCUCAAAGGAAAUAAUAAAUAAAUAAGAAAGAAGAUAGUAAGUUAAUUGAGGUAGGUUGUAGUCUUCAAUUCCUAAAUUUAAUGUUAUGUUGGAGUGGAGGGCGCAUGGAGAGGUGAUAUCAUAUAGUAAUGUCUAUACUGCUUCCCGGGAAGCAAAGUCAUUAGGUCAAAUAUAAAUUUGGAUAUAUUUAAAUGUUGUUAAUAUGUGAUUUCUUACAUGAACAAAUAUUAUAUA